UCAUCAUCACUCUUACAAAAGAUCCUUGACACUAAAACCUCUCGAUAGUCGAUCUUUCAACUGUUUUGGCAAUGGAAACAGUGACAAGCUUGGUGGCUGGAAAGCCUGUGGUGAUUUUCAGCAAGAGCGGCUGUGGCAUGAGCCACAGCAUUAAGACACUCAUCCGCGGCUUUGGGGCAAACCCUACUGUGUACGAGCUUGAUCAGAUCGCAAAUGGGCAGCAAAUUGAGAGGGAACUGCUUCAGCUAGGAUGUCAGCCGACCGUACCAACUGUUUUCAUAGGACAGGAGUUCAUUGGUGGCGCUAGAAACGUCAUGAGCCUCCAAGUCAGGAAUGAGCUUGGCCUAUUGCUCAAAAACGCUGGAGCUAUAUGGGUAUGAACAAACAACUAGUUU